UCCCGCGAAAGUUCCGUGUCCUCGCGAGAAGCAGCGGCUCGGGGCGUCUACGCGGACGAACGGAAGUGUAGGUGUCGGUCUGAGACAUCGCCGCCAAGCUGGGAACCGGGGAGAUGGCCGAGACGGACCCCAAGACGGUGCAGGACCUCACGUCGGUGGUGCAGACGCUUCUGCAGCAGAUGCAAGAUAAAUUCCAGACCAUGUCCGACCAGAUCAUCGGGAGGAUCGACGACAUGAGCAGCCGCAUCGACGACCUGGAGAGGAACAUCGCAGACCUCAUGACCCAGGCCGGGGUGGAGGAGCUGGAAGGCGAGAACAAGAUACCUGCCACACACAAGAGUUGAGGGUUGCUGGGCGUUUGCACUGCCGUCCACAGCACCGGAUCCCUGG